AUGUCGACAGCAGCGACAACCAGUGGAGAGGAGGUCUCCCACAGCGACAACACCAGCAGCAACAACAACAACAGCCAGAGCGAGAUGGCCCUGGUCGGCGGCGCGAUUGGAGCUGGCUCAAACCACCGUCGUCCCUCGGGUCCUUACGACACUCGCCCGCCUCCUCCGCCUCCUCCCCCACCUCCCAUCCAACAACAACCACCACCGCCGCCACCACCAGCAACAGGUCUGGUGUUCAACAGGGGGUCCACUCGGGUACCCAUCCUGUACAACUCGACAAUCACCGCCAUAGUGGCUCAUGUCACUAUCCGGGCGGGAUACAGGAUGGCGGAUAGGCCGUACGCCUAUCAGUGCGAGAGGUGUGGUAGGAGACAUCGUCACAUUGGCGAUUUCCACCGCCACAUGAGACAGCUGGAGGGCAGGGAGGGAUUUCGGGUGGUUCGGGCGGUGCCCCAGAUGGAGAUGGUGUGGUAUGGGGUGGAUGAUGCCGGUUACCGGUACAUGGGUCCGUUGUUGAGGCCCGGGCUGCAGCCCUUGGAGAGGAGGCGUCGAUAG